GCGCGGCUCCUAACUCUACCUAGGAGGAAACAGUUUCUUUCUUUUCGCUCCCGGACAUGGGCACACCACAGAAGGAUGUUGUUAUCAAGUCAGAUGCACCGGACACCCUGUUAUUGGAAAAACAUGUAGAUUAUAUCGCAUCCUAUGGCUCAAAGAAAGAUGAUUAUGAAUACUGUAUGUCUGAGUAUUUGAGAAUGAGUGGCAUCUAUUGGGGUCUGACAGUAAUGGAUCUCAUGGGACAACUUCAUCGCAUGAAUAGAGAAGAAAUUCUGACGUUCAUUAAGUCAUGCCAGCAUGAGUGUGGAGGAAUAAGUGCUAGUAUUGGACAUGAUCCUCAUCUUCUGUACACUCUUAGUGCUGUCCAGAUUCUUACCCUUUAUGACAGUAUUAAUGUUAUUGACGUAAAUAAAGUUGUGGAAUAUGUCCAAAGUCUACAGAAAGAAGAUGGUUCUUUUGCUGGAGACAUUUGGGGAGAAAUUGAUACAAGAUUCUCUUUUUGUGCAGUGGCAACUUUGGCUCUACUGGGGAAGCUUGAUGCUGUUAAUGUGGAAAAGGCAAUCGAAUUUGUUUUGUCCUGUAUGAACUUUGAUGGUGGAUUUGGUUGCAGACCAGGUUCUGAGUCCCAUGCUGGGCAGAUCUAUUGUUGCACAGGAUUCCUGGCUAUUACUAGUCAGUUGCAUCAAGUAAAUUCUGAUUUACUUGGUUGGUGGCUUUGUGAACGACAGUUACCCUCAGGUGGACUCAAUGGAAGGCCAGAGAAGUUACCGGAUGUUUGUUAUUCAUGGUGGGUGUUGGCUUCCCUAAAGAUAAUUGGAAGGCUUCAUUGGAUUGAUAGAGAGAAACUGCGUAGUUUCAUCUUAGCAUGUCAAGAUGAAGAAACGGGGGGAUUUGCAGAUAGGCCAGGAGAUAUGGUGGAUCCUUUUCAUACAUUAUUUGGAAUUGCUGGAUUGUCACUUUUGGGAGAAGAAACGAUUAAACCUGUUAGUCCUGUUUUUUGCAUGCCUGAGGAAGUGCUUCGAAGGGUGAACAUUCAGCCUGAGCUAGUGAGCUAGAUUCAUUGAUGCAAAAGUUGGCUUAGUGUAGUUUUGCCAUCUCAACAUUUCUGUAUUUAAAGUGCUUAUCGAACCUAAAAAUGACUCAUGUUAAUAUUUUGUAUAUUGUGUUAAUUUAAUAAAUUAUGUAACUAUACAUGCUGUAAAAUAAAGACCUGUAUUGUA